AUGUCUGGAUCGGAUGUCGUUAUCCGCUUUGGCCAUCCACCAGCCGCCUUCUUCAUUUCUAUUCUGACAUAUGGUGCCAUCACCGUUGCCUCCACGUUGACAUUGCGAUUGUGGGGCGACCCGCAAGGGGGCUCAACCCCUCGACCCCAAGAUACCCCGCUCAGAGCGUCGAUCUCCCUGGCGUCCCUGGUGCACGCCUGCGUCAUGACGGUCGUCGGCACGGUCGUCACCUUCGGCGAGGACUGGUCGACGAAGCACAUCGUGUACGGGCAAUCACCGCUCGUGCCGUUCUUCGUGGCGUGGGAGGUGGGCUACCUGCUGGAAGAUCUCGCGGCGAUGGCCUACUCCAAAAUGGCACACGACCGCUGGGCCGGGUGGAGCCUCGCCCUGCACCACGCCUUUCUCAUCACGGGCCUGCCCUACUACUUUGGGCGGCGCGUCCAGGGGGAUUACAUCUGGGGGUCGCUGUUCUUCAUGAACGCCAGCUCCGUCUGCUGGCACUUGCGCUAUUUCAUCGCCAGGGGCGGGUGGGAGGGAUCGCGCCUGCACGCGGCAGUGUCCAUGGCCUUCCCCUUGACGUUCUUGGUGUGCAGGUUCCUGUUCAUGCCGUUCGCUUUCUGGCAGUACGGCAGGUUGGAGGGGCUGGCGUGGCACGACGUGCCACUGCACAUCCCGCCGAAGUGCCUGCUGGGGCUGGGCUCCAUAUCCGUCUUCAACGUGUACUGGUUGGUGAAAAUGGGUCGAAACGUGGCCGCCACACUGGGAAAGGCCAAAACCAAGAGGAGCUGA